AUGGUGGAGAUUUGCUCGGCCGGAAAGGCAGAGGAUCGUGAAGAAUGUAUCGGGAUGCACUUUUUUCUCACGGACGCUAUUCUCGCGAAAAAGGGCAUGAACUUGGGUUUUAGGCGACCACUGGUGUCCCUGAAAACGUUGUACUCGGACUUUGUGGUGCGGGAGUUGUCUCCGUUGUACAACAACGGUGAGCCGCUUGUGCUGGAGCAACUGCCAACGGUCGAGCGAUUGGACAGCAAAGUGAAGGCUGUGAAACGACCACGAGAGGAGGAGGAGGCGAUGGCUACAGCGUUGGAUGCUCAACCGAACUUGUUACUGGAGCAUGUACAGGCGCAAUUUUCAUCGCUACUGGGUCCGGAGGAUUUGUCGUCUCUUCUGGAAGCUUUGCGUGCGGGUGCUGAUCGGGUGAUGCUUCGAGAUUCUUCACUGACGAAGGCGCAGCGCACACGGGUGCAUGAAGCGGUAAAGAACACACUUGGACCGUCGUAUUUCAGUCGCACUGUGGACGGGUCCCUUGUGAUUGAAAAGUCAACAUCAGUGACAAGAAGGGAGGAAAUGCGUCGCUCAAACCCACUGCACCUACAAAAGUUCUUGCACUUCACGCUAUACAAGGAAAACAUGGACAGCAAUCGUGCCCUGCGUGCAAUUGCCGGACAUCUUUGUUUGCCGGUGCGACAACUCCUUUUCAGUGGAACAAAAGACAAAAGGGCGGUGACUCUCCAGCGCGUUGCGGUUCGGGGCCUUUCGUGCGAGCGGCUCUCUGAAAUCAAUGAUCGGUCAUUUGGUCCGGAUUGUAAACUGAAGGUGUGUGGUUUUCAGGAGGCAGAGACUGGACUGCGCCUUGGUGAUACGAUGGGCAAUCAUUUUCUUAUUGCCCUCCGUCUUUUACCAGAUAGUACAGAGCCUUCACCUGACAUGCUGAAGGUCAUUCAAGAAGUUAUUGGCUCUGUUGGUGUGGUGAACUACUACGGGCCUCAGCGCUUUGGCACGACGGAAGUGUUAACAAGUGAUGUUGGCAUCAAAUUGCUUUCUGGAGAGUUUGAACAAGCACUUCGCAUGAUAUUUCAUUCUAAAGCGAUUGUUGAACCGAAUCUCCUUCCCUCGAAGGAGGCUGUGGAGCGACGGUCCUUUGAUGAGGCGCUAAAGCUUCUUCCACGCUACUGUUUUCAGGAGCGUGACAUUCUGAAGCAUUUGGUAAAAUGCCCCAACGAUUUUUUGGGCGCGUUGCACAUG